UGUAGGAGUUAUUUCCGUGGUUGUACCACGUGAUCCGGCUGUCAAAUAUGGCCCCCUCCGUCUGGGUGUGAGAGAAACGACAACUGACAAAGGAAGGGGAUCUGUCAAAUAGGACGGCAGCGAUCGACUUCACACCGCGCCUUCGUCCAGAUAACACUGCACCUAUGUGACAUUCUUAGCAAGUAAUAAGUGGCUGCCAAAUGAUGAAGUAUGCCUUACAGAGGAAGUGACAAGAGAAGGCCUUCAUUGGUGCAGACCAUCUGUUCACAUCAACCCUCCUCCCUCGCUGCGGGCCUCCACCCUGCAGCCAUGCUGACCAACCCGGUGUUCGUGGAGUCCUGUGUAGUUCUAGCUGUGUUGCUGUGCGUCCACAUGGUGGUCUGGAACCAGCACUCCUGGUGCACCAUAGCCCUCUUCAUCCAGGCUUUUUACGUACAACACAAAUGGGACCGUCUGCUCCGGGCGGGAAGUGCCGUUUUCCAGUUCCGUCCUGCAGCGAACAGCGGCAUCGUCCCGGGCUCCAUGGUGAUGCCUUUACUGGGCCUGGUGCUGAAAGAAAAGUGCUCUGCCUCAGGGAAUGUCUACUUUGAGCGCUUCUUCAUGGUGGUCACCAUCACAGGCAUGAUGCUGGCUCUGUUUCUCUCGUUGAUCGCGCUGGGCAUCACGAGACCCGUACCCACCAACACUUGUGUGAUCGCAGGCCUGGCCAGCAGUGCUAUUCUCUACACGACAAAACAGACGCUGACGGUGUCUGAGGUCAUCGAGGUCUUAGAGGUGCUGUUGAUCUUCGUUUAUCUCAGCCUGAUUGUGCUUUACCUGCUGCCACGCUGCUUCACACCUGGAGAGGCGCUUCUCGUUGUUGGUGGAAUCAGUUUCAUCGUCAACCAGCUCAUCAAGCGCUCCCUGAACCUGACAGAUGUGAAAGGUGAUCCAGUGAACUAUUUCCUGCCGGUCAUAGUGGUGGGCUCGCUGUUGCUGGGUGUUUUCUUUGCCCUGCUCUUCUGCUUCAUGGAGUCUGAGACCUGGGUGUCAUCACUUUUCUUUCACAUGAUGACAGCCGUUCUGGGUCUGGGAAUCCUCAUGCCGUGGCUCUCCCUGUUCAUCGGCCGGCACCCCAUCAUGUGGCUGUUGGACUUUAUAACGUUAAAUGAUAGAAGACUUUGUCUGCUGGGGUACUGGGUGUUUCUGGCUGUUGUGGCCACUUGUGUUGUGUUACACCAGAACUAUCAGCGCCAGUCAGGGUCCAAAAAGCACCAGGCCUCAACUGUUGUCAGGAAGUACUUCCAUCUGAUUGUAGUGGCCACAUAUGUUCCGGGACUGAUAUAUGACAGGCAGCUGCUUCACGUGGCAUCUGUGGGUUGCUUGGCAAUUUUCUUGUUCCUGGAGUAUGUGCGUUAUUUUCGGAUUAGGCCUCUGGGUCAGCUGCUCAGGCAGCUGCUUACCUUGUUUCUGGAUGAGCGGGACUCUGGGCCUCUUAUCCUGACCCACGUUUACCUGCUGAUAGGCAUGUCCCUGCCCAUAUGGCUGUUCCCCGGGCCAUGCGCCCCCAAGGGGGUACUUCCUGGGGCAGGCGGGCUGGUGCCUUAUGCAGGUGUGCUGGCCGUGGGGGUUGGAGACACCGUGGCGUCUGUGUUCGGUAGCACCAUGGGGGAGAUCCGUUGGCCCGGCACUAAGAAAACCAUGGAGGGUACCGCAACAUCUGUGUUCGCCCAGAUCAUCGCCGUGGCGAUGUUUCUCAUCUUUGAUGGGAGCAUUAAUCUAAACUCCACCUACUCAUGGAUUGUUGGCUCCAUCACUCUGGUGGCCAUGCUGGAAGCCUACACCUCCCAAAUAGACAACCUCCUACUCCCACUCUAUCUCUUCAUCCUGCUAUUGCUCUGACUGGACAGAUGGCACGAACAGCAAGUCCAAGCACUGUCCUCAGAUCUUUCUAGGGGGAACAAAGAGUGAUCCAUUUGGAAAA